UGGCUGGGACAAGGAAACAGCUCUCUCUAACACGGCUGUGAAAUUGGCUUGACUAUUAAUGUCACUUACUCAGACAUUUAAGCACUGGUAACUCCUCCUGGAUGAGCAGGUCAGCCUUACUUGUAGCUUUGAGGCAGAAGAUAUAUGUAAGGGAGACCCACAUAACCAUCAGUUCUGUGGUGUAAAUAAGAGAUAAUAGAGCCUGGCAGAGAGGAAGCAAUUUCUGUACCAUGAGUUAGAAAAGGCAGGCUCCAGAGACUAAAUAAAGUCCCCAUAACUCAUGGAACUGAAUUCUAGACUAGUCUUUUACAAAUAGUAAGGGAAUUUGUUUCUGUCAUGGAGAGCUCUCUUGCAAGGAUUACCUGAAUGACUGGAAGCAUGUCAUUCACCUGGGAGGAACUGCUUGGUUUCUGCAGUAUCAAUGCUGGCUGGCAUUGGAGGAUGAAAUACCUCUUUGAGUCAAAAAACCACUGGGAAGGGAACAGAGAAGGUCUUCACCCCUUGCAGCCAUAAAUAAUCACUGGACCAGAGGGUAACUCGAGCAAGUGGGAAUGCGUGGAGGCCUCCAGCUCAGGCAGGUUCAGUGCUUGGGGGUCACACCAGGCUGCUUGGAACUUCCUCCAGCCCCGUCUUGACAUCCUCCAGGAAGAAGCCGAGGCCACCCAGCCCCUGGAAGAGCCCGAAACCCUCUCUCCUCUGCUCGCAGCCGCCGUCUCUGAGCGUGCUGGCCGCUCUCCCACGUGUUCUCGCCGUGGGUGCGGGUCGGUGCGGAGCGCCAGGGCCGGUGGGGACAGCCGGGACGGCGGAUCCCUGAGCGCAAAGGAGUUAACAGGACUUUCUGCCUUUCCCGCCCGCGCCUCCUCCACCCUCCUCAUUACCUGCACUUUAUCACCGCCGGAGCCGCGGGGCGGGAGCGGUGCAGGGCCGGCGGGGCUUCCUGCGCCGCCCGGGGCUGCCCGCGGCGCUGGGGCCGCGCCGUGCGGGGGAAGGUGCGCGAGUGCUGCGCGCUGCGUGCGGGGGAGCGCCUGCCCGCCCGCCGUGUGCCUGCCCGCCGUGUGCCUGCCUGUGGGUGGGAGCGCGGCUGGGGCUGGGGCUGCGGCCGGGGGAAGGGCAGAGCGGGGCUGCGCGCCGCAGCCCGGCAGGGAUGCGGCAUGGCCGUGGGCUCCGUGAAGAUGCCGUCGCCGUGUGAGGGCGCGGAGCUGGCCCGAAGCUGGAGCCCCGGCGGCGGAGCCCAGGAGCCGCCGCCGCCGGUGCAGCUGCGGCAGAAGCUGCGGGAGCUGCCGGCGCUGCUGCGGAGCGGGCUGACGCUGCGGAGGAAAAGCGCGGCCGCCGCCGGCCGGACCCUGUCCAGAAGAAUUUCAAAUCCCUAUUUGGAAACUCCUUCAAAUAAGAUUUAUGGAGAAAGUUCUUCCUGUGCUGGGAGAGCUCUCAGGAAUAUUUUUACUCUACAAGCUUCUGACCUGAUUAAAGACAGAGUGUACCUUACUGGCAUUUGCAGGAGAAGUUGUGUUGGAUCAGAACUCGUAGACUGGCUUUUGGAGCAGUGCCCUUUUGUCAAGUGCAGAUCUACAGCAGUUGGAGUGUGGCAGCUCCUCCUGGAUAUGGGCAUUAUAUUGUCAGUGGACAGACAACUCUAUUUUCAAGACAGUCAUGCUUUCUACCAGUUCUCAGCGGAUGAAUGUACCUACCUUUUCUGUGAAUUUGAGAAAGAGGAAGCAUGGAAGAAUGGAGUAAAGCUCCUACUUCAACUACUGCCACUGUCUCCUCCCAGGAUUGACAUGUGCAAUCUGCCUGAUCAAAAAAUAGAAGAUACAGCAGAAACCAAUGCUGAAAUUCUUGCUCGUCUCACUUCUGCGGUACAGAGAGAACUGGCUGCUGUCAUUGCCUUGAAAGCAAGGAAGUCAGCAAUUAAUCAGAAUGAAGAAAGCAACAGUCAAGAAGUACGAGGAGUAGAAGAUCUCAAGGAUACCUCUGAUGCACAGGCAGGAGUUUUAUGCAAGCUUCAGGGAAGAGAUGACAUCGGACGGAUUGAGCUGGUCCAAAAGCUGGCGAGAGAGAACUGCCAGUUUUUGCAGGCGGAUAGAAAAGCACUGGAGAAGGCAGAACAAGCGGACGAUGCAGGCGGCGAGCGGGCGCGGGGGGCGGCCGGCGCGGCGCUGGUGCUGCGGAAGGUGUGGUCACGCAGCCCGGCCCCCGAGCGGCGCGGGAGAUACGUGGUGGUGUCGGGGACGCCGGAGAAGAUUUUGGAGCAUCUCCUCAGCGACCUGCACCUGGAAGCCGCCCAGGACAAAGAGACGGAAACUCUCCUGGAUGAUUUCCUUCUCACAUACACGGUUUUCAUGACGACUGAUGACUUGUGCCAGGCCCUUCUGAGGCACUAUUGUGCUAAGAACCACCAAGGGAAAGAAGACGACUCUGAUGUGUCCUGUAGGAAAAGAAAAGUCUUGCAUUUGGUGUCUCAGUGGACUUCUCUCUACAAAGACUGGUUACACGAAGAUGAGCAUUUGAAACAAUUUUUAAAGACGAUAUACAGAAAUGUGUUAGAUGAUGUGUAUGAGUAUCCUGUUCUUGAGAAGGACCUGAAAGAAUUCCAGAAGAUACUUGGGAUGCAUCGCCGUCACACUGUAGAUGAGUAUUCACCUCAUCGAAAGAACAAAACCUUUUUCCACCAGUUCAGUGUAAAGGAGAACUGGCUGCAGCACAGAGGAACCGUGAAUGAAACAGAAGAAAUUUUCUGCCGUGUGUAUAUAACGGAGCACUCCUAUGUCAGUGUGAAAGCUCAAGUGUCCACUUCAGCUCAGGAGAUUCUGAAGAUUGUGGCAGAAAAGAUCCAGUACCCGGAGGAGGAGUUGGCGCUGGUGACAGUCUCAUUCUCUGGUGAAAAACAUGAGCUACAACCAAAUGAUUUGGCUAUCUCAAAAUCUUUGGAGUCAUCCAGUCGUAUGUUUGUAUACCGAAAAGAUCUGACUGAUUCUUUGAGCCCAUUUUCUGAAAAUGAGGAAUUGCAGCAAAGAUCUGUGAGGAUUUUGGGAAUUAACACCUGGGAUCUUGCCUUAGAACUAACAAACUUUGAUUGGAGCCUCUUCAAUGCAAUUCACGAGCAAGAGCUGAUAUACUUCACGUUCAGCAGACAGGGCAGUGCUGAAAACACUGAGAAUCUCAGUCUUCUGCUUCAAAGAUGCAACGAGGUCCAGCUUUGGGUCGCCACCGAGAUUCUCCUCUGUAGCCAGCUCUGCAAACGCGUACAGCUAGUGAAGAAGUUCAUCAAGAUUGCUGCCCACUGUAAAGCCCAAAGAAAUCUGAAUUCAUUCUUUGCAAUUGUUAUGGGUCUCAACACUGCAUCUGUCAGCCGGCUGUCUCAGACCUGGGAGAAAAUUCCUGGGAAGUUCAAGAAACUUUUCACUGAACUUGAAAGUUUGACGGAUCCUUCUCUGAAUCACAAAGCUUACAGAGAUGCAUUCAAGAAAAUGAAAUCUCCGAAAAUCCCCUUCAUGCCCUUACUUCUGAAAGAUGUAACAUUCAUCCAUGAAGGAAAUAAAACGUUUCUGGAUAACCUUGUUAAUUUUGAAAAGCUGCACAUGAUUGCAGACACUGUUCGGUCAUUGAGACAUUGCAGAAAUAACCAAUUUGGCAAUGAAGUUCCUUCGAAAGAGCAUCACGAGCUGAAGCCAUACAUCCACCACCUGCAUGUCAUCGACAACCAGCAAGCUCUGUUUGAGCUCUCCCACAGGAUAGAGCCGCGAGCGUGAGCGUCCACUGCUUCAUGUAACCUUGUAACUGCAGCACUUUGAAUUAAGUGAAUGUUUAUGCCAAGCAUGUUGCUUCCCUAUAUGAGAAGGGUUUACUGAGUUUUAUCAGUAGCUCACACAACAUGCGCAGGAAAAUCAGGCAAGAGCCAGCAGAGGAGCUGCUCACAGAAUUGCAGGGCAAGCUUGGUGCCAUUCCCGCUGCUCCCUGGGACCUGAGGCAGCAGAGCAGUGUCCUUUGAGCUCAGGAGCUUGGUUUCUGUGAAAAUAUUGUUUGGUCCAGUGUAGCUUUCAAUGCAGAUUCUGCCAGUAUUAGUAAGAGAGGAGUCAUCAUGUCACAGCAGCAAAACAUUUCAGCAAGCAACAUGCCGCAAGGGGUUGAUUCCCAGUUCACCACAGUAUGUACCUCACUAAUUCAAGGCUGCCAAAGUACUGUUGCCAAAAAUGAUGUGCAAUCUGUGCAGCUCCCAUGAGUCCGCUGGAGCAUAGCAUUUGAGAUGUGUGAGCAACCUAGAACAGGAAUAUAACAAGGCAGUGCAACCAGAUGAAACUCAAGAGUGUGUUGUGAUGUGGAGGUCAGCAGUAAACAGUUCACUCUGUUACGGCUCCUUUAAGAAUAUGCUUUAUAAAACACACUAUAAGAGCCAAUCCACUUCUGUUGCAAUUUAUGGACACAAUUGUUUGUGUACUGAAAACAUGUUAUUUUCUUCCUUUUCAGUUAUCUAAGAUUUAGCACUGGCUCCUGCAGUUAAUGUGUUAUAAAUUAUUAUAGCAGGAACUUUGUUUUCUGCUUGGAUUACAGCCUCUUUGGUAUCUAUUCAGAGGCAAAUACCUAGAUCCAUCUACAUUUCUAAUUCCCCCCACUGGAAAUACCAUUUCAGGAAGUGAAACUUCACCUAACUUGGACAUGCUUCUAAUUUUUAAAGAGCAGAAAGGUGCCCCUUACAGGGUACCAGUGUAAUUACCUGCAUACACACCAGGCUCUCAGCAUCAGGGUCCCUUUACUGCUUUUGUCCCUUUCACAGCCCACCCCAUGACAAUUCUCAUGUAGUUAAAAGUACUGCAUCUGGGCCUGUGCUGAGGCAGCAUUUCUAAAGUAAUGUCUACAGCUGACCUACAUCCCAAGCACCACCAUCACCUGGUUUCCAGCGCUAAGAAGUUGCCCUGAGGUGAUGUAGUGAAUGCCACAGGCAAUGUGCAGAGGGUGCUCCUUGGCACGUGUUUGUGCACUGACUCACGGUGACGGUCUCUUUACAGAGCAGGGAGGAUACAUUGCAUUGCUUGCCCGUCUUGUUGUAUGCUUUCCACAUAAGGAAGACUUUCAAGAAAACUCUCUUUUACUAAAAUGUGGGAAUACUGAAGUAGCAUGCUCUUCAUAAUUGUGUUAUCUCUGGUUUAAAGGGAUUUUUUAAAAAAAAGCAGCUUUAACAAGUAGUCUGUGGGGGAAUCUGUAGAAUGCAUUCAGUUUUCCCAUCUGUGAAAUAUUGUAUAGAUCUAUUGUAAAGGAAACAGAUGUUUCAGAAAUGUAUUUGCUUGUACUUUGUUAUUAUCAAAUACUAUAUGAUUUUUUUUUAAGAAAAAAAAAUUUCUUUUUACCCAGUAAAAAGAAAAAAAAAUAAACUCUUGCUGGCCAUGGAGUAAAAAUUUCCUAUGUUCUUCUGUAGAUGUGACUGCACAUAUUGUAAAUAACUUUUUUGUGCAAACAGACCAAAACUGUUCAAAUGAAGAUACUAGCUGUGGUGGGCUCCUUUUUGCAGUGUAAGAACAAAAACCAGAUACAAUUUGCUGCUUGUGUUUCUGCAGUUCUUCCUAGGGCUACAGCACUUAGAAUUCCCAACAUAGCUGCAUUACCUGGAUGCUUUCCUGGGUUUUGAGCUCCCUCUUGUGAAUUUUUUUUUUACUGUGGCAUUAUUUUUAGGAACCUGUAUGUAGACCAGCCUGCAUGCUUCAGCUUGUGUGGUGUAACACUCUAGUCCACAAAGUUGUUCUGGAAAUCUGUUGGAGAGGGAGCAUUCAGAGGUAUUCAGGAUGAGAGAGAAGGUGGGGCUGUUUCUCAGUUCACUGCAUUUGGCUCUGUGAUAGUUUUGGUAGCUACUGUGGAUGAAGCAGAAGCUGUGUUGGAGAAGAAUAAAAGACAAGAAAAUGAAAGAAGGAAACCAAAAAAAAAAAAAAAACAAAAAAAAAAAAAAAAAAAAAAAAAAAAAAAAAAAAAAAAAAAAAAAAAAAAAAAAAAAACAAAAAAAAAAAACAAAAAAAGAAGAAGAAGAAAGAUAAGAUGACUCUGUGCUGAGGGUUUGAUUUGAAAGUCUGAUACACCUACCUGGAAUACUCCUCACUCUGCCAACUCAAAAUGAAGUAAAGGGAUGGGUUAACUCAUACCAAUAGGCUUUGAGCCAGUUGAGGCACUGGCUUUCUGCACCUCUGUAAUUUCACACUAAAUCAGGUGCUGUCUACCACUUGCAGCUGGCAUAAAAUCAGUCUGAGGGCACACAGCCAGCAUUAACCUUGUUAUCUCUGCUGUGACUAAUUAGACAACUUGUCACAGCUUUGCAAACUGGUUUUUGUAGUGGCCUGUAUAACUUGGAUUUAAGUUUCAGGUGUGAGGAUCCAACAUGGCUACAUCAAUUAAGUGUUGAGAAUUGGGCCUUAGAACUGUUACUAUGAAGGAAAAGUAAAUAGCCCAAACCUGUAGCUAAUAUGUCUGAUUAGAAAAAGACCCUUCUAUGUCUUCAUUCCACUGGUAAAGUAUUGCAGAGCUUUGCUGCAGACUGGCAAGCAGUUUGAACAUUGGAAGUUAGGAGGAGAACUAGAAGUAAACCCUGUAUUAGGGAAGGGCAAUACUAUACAGCCUCUCCCAGGGUCCAGCACUGGUGAUUUUGUGUGAUUUUUUUACAUCCUUAAUAGUGCAAUUAGGUUAUGUGGUAUAAAACCUAAAAAUCCUAUAAAUUCCAUUUAUCACAAUCACAUCUGGAGUUAAAUACUCAGCAUACUCUUUUUUUUUUUUUUUUUUUUGGUACCUAAGAGGAGUAAUUAGAUAGAGCAAAGGAAAGAGCUGUGUCACUUUGUACCUCUUUGACAUGGAAUUUUGUGGCAACAAAUUUAGAUGUUUCUCUAACACAGCUUUUUGAUUCCAACAUCAUCUUGAAUAGCAAUAAAUUUCAUUUGCAUAGCAGUGGCAAAAGAAAGGGUGUUAUCAGAAAUAAGACCUUUGCUGCUGUAAAAUUACAAAGAAAGAUGUAAAUAAUGAACAUUUUAGCAGAGUAAUAUUUAUUUGCAUAGCCUGUUUAAGGUCAUCUUAUACACUGUUAAACACUGGGAUGAAGUCAAUGAGCUGAGGUAAGAACACCUGCCUGUUCCCUCUUGAGUGCCAUAACGGUGUCAGCUUGCAUUAAAAGUAAUAAAAUAGAAACCCCCAAAUCAAGGUAUUUACCUGACUUCUCAGGGACUACAGCUAGUAGUUAUCCACCAUCAUGAGACCUGGUAUGUAUGAAAUAAUCUGAUUUACCAGAAUCAAUGUUGCCAAUGUUUUCCUUUGCAUAUUUCAUGCUUGUUUGCCUCUGUACAUAUUAUUGUGUCGUGUAUUUAUGAGCGCUAGUAAGCAAUAAUUUAUAUGUCAAAAUGGCCAAGCAAUACAAGGUUAAAACUUGUAGAAGCAAUGUUAUGUUUAUCUUGCAUUUUCCAGUGUUUUUUAAUAUUGCUUUUCAAAAUAUAAAAACUACCUUAAUGAA